AUGUAUGCCCACACACUGCAACACAAGGCCGAGGCGCCUGCUCCCGCCACAGGCAAGAAGGGCGGUCGGCAGUUCUUCGUGGGCGGCAACUUCAAGAUGAACGGAACCAUCAGCCAGAUCAAAGAGAUUGUCGGUCACCUCAACGACGCCAAGUGCGACUCCGACGUGGAAGUCGUCAUCUCCCCUCCCGCCAUCUACCUCCUGCUCGCGCGAGAGCACCUGCGCAAGGGCAUUGAAGUGGCGGCGCAGAACGUGUUCGACAAGCCCAACGGCGCCUUCACCGGCGAGAUCAGCGUCAGUCAGUUGAAGGACUCCGGCAUCACGUGGACCAUUGUCGGCCACUCGGAGCGGAGGACGAUCAUCCAGGAAGCCAACCACUUCGUCGCCAACAAGGUCAAGGCGGCACUCGACGGCGGCCUCGGCGUCGUCCUCUGCUGCGGCGAGACAUUGGAGCAGCGCGAGAGCAACAAGACCAUGGACGUCGUGCUGGCGCAGCUCGGCGCGGUCGCGAAGGAGGUCAAGGACUGGAGCAAGAUUGUCAUUGCAUACGAGCCGGUGUGGGCCAUUGGCACGGGCAAGGUGGCCAGCAACGAGCAGGCGCAGGAAGUGCACCACGCCAUCCGCGAGUGGCUGGGCAAGGAUGUGAGCUCCGAGGCGGCCAAUGCCACGCGAAUCAUCUACGGCGGCAGUGUCAGUGAGAAGAACUGCAAGGACUUGGCCAAGCAGGCCGACAUUGACGGCUUCUUGGUUGGCGGCGCGAGUUUGAAGCCCGCCUUUGUCGACAUCAUCAACGCCAGGUCGUGA